AUGCGUUCUAUCACUAUUUCAGGGCUAGUGGUUGCCAUUGGCCUUGUUUCCGCUCAGUCGACCAAAACCACCUCGACCCGAACGACCUCAACAAGCACCAUAAAAUGGCAAGCCUCCGGAGGCGUACCUUGCCCACACCCAUCGGUCAACACGAAAUGGCCAACAGCCACUGGAAGCACCUCAUUCCCUACUGCCUCCCUGAUCCCAGCCAACGCGGUCUUCGAUGGCAGUAUGGCUCUCUUUGACCGCAAAGGCAGCUCCGGCGACUGCAAAGGCCAGACCGAGCAAGAUGAGGCUGCUGCUGUAUUCAUCUUGGAGAGCGGGGCGACGCUGAAGAACGCCAUCAUUGGCCCUGCUCAAGCUGAGGGCGUACACUGCCGCGGUCCCUGUACCAUUGAGAACGUUUGGUGGGAAGAUGUGUGCGAGGACGCGGCUACGUUCAAAGGUACUGGACCGAGAUACGUCAGGGGCGGAGGAGCGAAAGAGGCCAGUGAUAAGGUCUUCCAGCAUAACGGCGAGGGAUGGCUGCACAUCGACGGCUUCUAUGCCAACAAAUUUGGGAAGUUCUACCGGUCAUGCGGCAAUUGCAGCCAGCAGUUCCAGCGACAUGUCAACAUCACCAAUUUUGUUGGAAUACAAGGAGUAAUUAUGGGAGUAAAUCAAAACUAUGGCGAUACUGCUACUUUGUCCAACUACUGUCUCGCAAAAAUUGGAGUCAUCUGCACACGCUACGAAGGUUGCGUCAAGCCGUGUGAAGCUGGGGAGAUUGGCGAGGGAGCCCUGGCCCCAUACUGUGUCGUUAACGGUCAGGAUUGGUCUUGA